UAUUAUUAUAUGUUUAUUUAUAUUUAUAAACUUUUGUUAUUAUUUUUAUCUAUAAAAAUUAAGACUGAAAAAAAAAAAAAAUUUUUAAUAAUGCCAGCAGUUACAGUAGAAGCUCCUCAAAGGAGUGAACAAAUGUGGCAAGCAUUAAAAAUUCACAUCACUAAUGAACGUCAACGUAAAAGACAAGAACAAGAAGCUGAUGCUGAAGAAGAACGUCGACGUAAAGAACGUGAAAGACAACAAAAACAAGAUGUUAUGACACUUGGUGAAACAAGAGAUCAAAUAUCAAAUUUAGAAGCAGAAUUAUCACAAUUAAAAAGUGAAAAACAUCAAUUAUUUUUACAAUUAAAAAAAGUUUUAAAUGAAGAUGAUAAUAGAAGACGUUUAACUAAAGAAUCAAGUGUAUGCACAGAAGCAAUGACAGUAGUUGGUGGUUAUUCAGCUAGUGGACCAAGUACUCAUUCACAAUUAUUUUUACCAUUACCAACAAGAAGUCCAUUGUACAAAGUUCCAACAGUUGCACCAACUCAUAAUAUUUUACCUACAGUAAAUGGUCCAAUAAAACGAACACACAGUCCAUCACCUCCACCAAUUGCUUCACCUUAUCAUGCUGUGUAUGGUUACAAGCCACCGCCUUCAAUUCCAAAUUAUAAUCCACCAUUAUCAAAAUCAGAGGAAGCUGCCAGAAGAUCUGGCGAUUCACGAGCCGUUCUCUGGAAUAAAAACAAUCAAUAUCCACCAUCAACAUUUUAUUCAACACCGAGUAAUCAAAUGCAAUACAGUUAUUCGGCUGUUACAUCACAUUCAAGAGAACAGGAUCAUGGUAAAGCAAUUUAUCUUGCAAAUAGCCGACCAACAAUACCAACACAUCAACAAGCAUAUGUUACGAGUCACCAUCCGUUAGAUCAUAAAAAUGCUUAUGUUGAAGAUAAAUAUUAUUUACGUCCUGGUAGUCAUAUUGCUGUUCAUGGAGGAGCAAUACCUAUUCAACAACCUCCACAGGGUGCUAAAAGUGGUAGUAUAACAUCUGGUUAUCCAGUAAGACCACCACAAGCUCAAACAAUGUCUUAUCCACCACCACCACUACCAUCUGGAGCUUAUAAUCAAAAUCGUGCUGCAAUGCCAGGAAGGCUAGUUUAUACACAACCCGGAAUUUUAUAUCGGAUAUUACAACGAGAAAUUUAA